AUGUCGCAACAUGACCAACCUCAAUCGCAACAGACUCCGGCGCAUCAGCUGCCUCAACCUCAGUCUCAACCUCAACCCUCUUCCCCGUCGCCGCAGCAUCACCACCAACAGCAGCAGCAGCAGCCGCCGCCGCCAGAGUUGGACCAACAACAACAACUCCAUCAGCAGCAGCAGCAGCUUCAACAGCAGACCACUCCGCAGCAGCAAACGCAGCAACCUCCUCCCACCCCCGGCCAGUCUGCGUCGCCUCCAUUGAGGAAGGACACCAACUCGUCCAUCUCUACUCAGGCCACAACGGCCUCCGCUGUCACCAAUAUGUCCGCGGAUACAAGCAACACAUCGUACAGUGCCGACACCUCUCCUAACUUAACAUCCAUAUUCCAUGUCAAGGAUGGCUCCGACGUCUCUAACCGGGUCCGCGCGAGCAGGAGGCGAACCGGUCCUUUGUCACAGCAACAGAGAGAGAAAGCCGCACUCAUCAGAAAACUCGGCGCCUGUAUCGACUGUCGCCGCCGACGCGUUGCUUGUCAUCCCAGCCAUCACAACAUGACCUGGGAGGACGCUGUCCGGAAAUACCACAGAUCUCACAGCCCUUCUAUCCAGGACAUUGCCCCGUCCUUGUCUGCUCAACGGCCGCUUAGCCCGGCUCCUGUCAUGAACAACAAUGUGAAACCCAUGUAUUCUCAAGACCCCGGCGACAUGAUGGAAAUCGAUUCGCCUACACCGCCAGGCCAGCACCGCUUGAGCGAAUCUCGCAUCCGCACCCCAUUGCCUUCAGGCCCGCGCUUGGACAAGCUGCCCACGCUUCCGGGCCUCGAGGGCUUGAAGUCCGACUUGCAGAACAACGUUUCUAGGAUCCUCUCAAACCCCAGUCGCAGCCGCUACGCUAGCGCGCAAGCAUUGUUGCUGUACUGGCAGGAUGACCCGGAUCUCAGUGUUGGAAAUUCGGUCAAGGAACUGGGAGAAGUCUUUGACCAGUUCUACCGAUAUACGUUUUCGAUCACCACUAUUCCGUCCUCUUCAGAAGCUUGCAAGAGUCCCUGGAGAUGGCUUUCUAGAAAGAUCACCGACUUUGUUGAGGACCGAGACCAGCGAGACGUCCUGAAGAUUGUCUACUACAACGGCCACUCCUAUCUGGAUGGCAACCGGGAGAUGGUUCUCGCCAGCUCCAAGGACAAGGACAAAGCCGAGACCAUCCGGUGGAGCGGCAUCCAGCAGGUGUUGGAGGAGGCCUGCUCGGACACUCUCAUCAUCAUGGACGCUGCCUUCUUUCCGUCUUCGAAAAUGCACCGCCAGCAAGGUGUUUUGGAGUUGAUAGCUGCAGCAGUAUCCGAGGAGCACUUCGACGCACUGGACCGCUGCACAUUCACCAGGGUCCUUACCGACCAUCUCAGAACCCGCGCCUCCCAACGCUACAUCAGCGCUUUUUCUGCAGCAGAGCUUCAUUCAAAGCUGUUAUCCAACUACCCUUCUCUUGUCCAGGACAAAAACCCUGAAAAGGAAACCAUCACGAGUUUUCCCUCGCCGCUGCAUAUGCAGAUAUCCGGAAACGCCAACCUGCCUUCGAUCCUUCUGGCGCCGCUCAACAUAGGGGCUUCGCGAACGAGCUUGCCUUUUGGUGGCACGGAGGGUCAGCAGCUUAUCCUGUCCAUGCGGAUAGGCGAUGAACCUAUUGAUGUGGACAGUUGGACCGAGUGGCUGAGGAUGAUGCCCGAUGGAAUCAAAGAUGUGAGGGUUGAGGGUCCUUACAGGCCGUCAAGAUAG